AUGACCACAUCUCCCACAAUCAGCAACUGCGACGCCCACAACCACUCCACUUCAUCCUCACCCACCACCCCUUUCGAGUCCGCUGGCAUUAGAAGCCUUCCCGCACCGCCUCCUGUCGAUAACUCAGCUCUUCUUCCUCCCCAUGGCAUGGCCACUUCCUCCUUGAAGCCAUCCAUUGGGGAGUCUAUCCUCCGCCAGUAUGCCCAGCAUUUAGACCCCAUAGACGGCGGCAGCCAAACCCACGCGGCGCGCGAUCUCGAUCAGCCAGAGCCUGAGAAGGCUUUCAGCGGCGCCCUCACUCCGGUCAGCGAAUCGUUAAGGAACUCCUACAUUGCUCACCAUCCGACGGUUCCUGUCCCGAAACCUCUGUUGUUGCCCAAGUCGUACCUGGCGCACCGCAAGAAUACAAAAUCGAUAGACAUACCCAGACAGACCAUUAUGAAGGCGCUGGCCUCACGUCGGCCAAGUGCCGGGCCCAACACGGCCCCAUUGGCCACGAAUUCGUUGAAAGCGGCUAUAGCAGAUGCAGAAGCAGCAGAGCAGCAGACAGGUUGCUCCUCUCCCUCUUCUCUGACAGCAACACUUGCAGGCUUGCAGACCGGGAUCCUGUCAGCUGCAUAUUCACCCACGUCGACGAGUUUUCUUCGCUCGCCGUGCUUCUUCCACCAGAGAUUCGACGGAGUGGCGGACAUUCAGAGAGUGUUGGAGGAGGUCGCCGACGACGACUACUCACACUCGAGACUGAUGCAGACUGCUACCGGCGUGCGCGAAGUCUCCAAGCUGCUCCAGCGUAAGCCGUUAAAGCGGGCGGUGCGGAACGUUAUGAUCGUUACCAAGGCCCGCGACAACAGUCUUGUCUACCUGACACGCGACCUGGCCGAGUGGUUGCUAUCGACACCCCGAUACGGCAGUGAGCUUGGCGUCAAUGUCUAUGUCGAUGCGAAGCUGCGGCACUCGAAGCGCUUUGACGCGCCGGGACUGUUGGCCAAGGAGCCGCGGUUCCAGAAAAUGCUGAAGUAUUGGACUCCGGAUCUGUGCUGGUCUUCGCCGGAGAAAUUCGACCUCGUGCUCACGCUUGGAGGCGACGGGACUGUCUUGUUCACGUCAUGGCUGUUUCAGCGCGUCGUCCCACCCGUCCUGUCCUUCUCUCUUGGGAGCUUGGGCUUCCUCACGAACUUUGAGUUCGGCAAGUACAAAGAACAUCUGGACCGGGUCAUGGGUGACACUGGCAUGCGCGUCAACCUGCGCAUGCGAUUCACAUGCACGGUCUGGAGAGCCGAUCGGUCUCCCGGUGCGGCAAAGGGGGCCGUGGAGGAGGGCGAGCAAUUCGAAGUGCUCAACGAACUCGUCAUCGACCGUGGGCCUUCGGCCUAUGUGUCGAACCUAGAGCUGUACGGCGACGACGAGCUCCUCACCAUCGUGCAGGCUGACGGGUGUAUAUUUUCCACGCCAACCGGGUCGACGGCUUAUUCCCUGUCGGCUGGCGGGUCUUUGAUCCAUCCCUCCAUUCCUGCCAUCUUGCUGACGCCGAUAUGUCCACACACGCUGUCUUUCCGGCCGAUGGUCCUUUCUGACACUCUGGCUCUGCGCAUCGCCGUGCCCAACAAAUCCCGCUCGUCGGCCUAUUGUUCCUUUGACGGCAAGGGGCGCAUCGAGCUGAAGCAGGGCGAUUAUGUGACUCUGGAAGCGUCCCAGUAUCCAUUCCCAACCGUUAUGACCGGCACGAACGAAUGGGUGGAGAGCGUCCAGCGAGCUCUGAGGUGGAACGUGAGAGGAGCUGUCCAGAAGGGCUGGGACGAUGGCGACGACGAAGACGGCGACCGUGCAGAAGACAAGUGGGAUAUCGACAUUGAUGCGAGCCCGCUGGGAGGCACUGACAGCGGCAUCGGCCCUAGUGAGGACGGUGACCAUGCUGCCAGCCCGAUGAGGAGGCAACUCAGCAUGCUGAACAUGUGA